UAAGGACUGAGGGAGGGCUUGGAGACUGCGCUCGGAGGGAGCUAAACUUGGCGUGCAGGCUGUCAAGUCAAGCGUGCCUGAGUAGGUUCAAUGGCGUGGCAGGGGCUGGCGGCCGAGUUCCUGCAGGUGCCAGCGGUGACGCGGGCCUACACCGCAGCCUGCGUCCUCACCACAGCUGCCGUGCAGCUCGAACUCCUCAGCCCCUUCCAGCUCUACUUCAACCCACACCUCGUGUUCCAGAAGUUCCAGGUCUGGAGGCUGGUCACCAACUUCCUCUUCUUCGGGCACCUGGGAUUCAGCUUCUUCUUCAACAUGCUCUUCGUCUUUCGCUACUGCCGCAUGCUGGAGGAGGGCUCCUUCCGCGGACGCAAAGCCGACUUCGUCUUUAUGUUUCUCUUCGGGGGCGUCCUUAUGACACUGCUGGGACUCCUGGGCAGCCUGUUCUUCCUGGGUCAGGCCCUCAUGGCCAUGCUAGUCUAUGUGUGGAGCCGCCGCAGCCCUCAGGUGAGGGUCAACUUCUUUGGCCUCCUCACCUUCCAGGCACCAUUCCUGCCCUGGGCACUCCUGGGCUUCUCACUGCUGUUGGGCAACUCGAUCCUCGUGGACCUGCUGGGGAUUGCUGUGGGCCACAUCUACUACUUCCUAGAGGAUGUUUUCCCCAACCAGCCUGGAGGCAAGAGGCUGCUGUUGACACCUGGCUUCCUGAAGCUGCUAUUGGAUGGUCCUGUGGAGGACCCCAAUUACCUGCCCCUUCCUGAGGAGCAGCCAGGACCCCAUCUGCCACCCCUGCAGUGAGCCUGCCCUGGACCAACACCCAAAGCUUCCAGUAGGCUCCACUUUCCCCCCUUCUCUUGCUUACAGCAGACCAAUCUGUCCUGGAGGCUGGGUCCAUACAAGAGCCCACCUAAAUAAACAGUCGCCUGCAGCCUCUGGGCCCACAGCCUUU